AUGGUGGAUUAUCAAAAAAAAUUCACAGCCAUGGGAUAUCGCGUACUUAUUUACAGUGGAGAUCAUGAUCUGUGUAUCCCUUUCACUGGAACGGAGGCAUGGGUCAGAUCAUUAGGCUACCGAGUUGUCGAUUCAUGGCAACCAUGGCACUUUGGGGGUCAAGUUGCUGGAUAUACACAAGGCUAUGAUCACAAUCUCACCUUCCUCACCAUAAAGGGAUCUGGACACACUGUUCCUGAGUACAAGCCCAAAGAAUCGCUGGCAUUCUACGCCCACUGGCUGUUUGGACAAAAGAUCUAA